AUGGGCAAGAAUGCGCACUCGUGCGCCUUUAAAUACUCGGAAGUCCCCACGGGGGUUCCUGAUGACUCUAGCUUACCCGGUACUGAUUUCCCAACCACCCCUGAACGCCAAUCUUGUAGCUAUAAGGACGCGGUCGGGCAGAGCGAAGCCAGUGAGAGCAUGGAUGUUCAACAGAAACUCUGGAUAAAAGUAGCAACGCGGCCGUGGAAGGCCAAGUCAGACUCGGAACUACGUCCGAUGCUUGCAGUGGAAGAAGAAGCUCUAGCCGCAUGGAUCAUGGGAAGCAUCGUGCUUCCUAGCCCUCCAGGGUUUCUAUCGUGUACACACAUUUGA